AUAAAAGUAAAAUAUGAGGUUCAUCUUCAGGCGGCAGCCAUGGCAGGUCAAGAGGAUCUGGUGCAGCGGAAGAUUCACUAGGACUAGGCGAACCAAGAAUACAUUGAGGUCUUCACCAGCAGCAUCAAGAAAAUCACAGACUUUCUCAGCUCAUUCGAUAUAUCUUGUCGUUCAAGACUUGCAACACUGAAUGAGAAAUUGACAGCCCUGGAAUGGAGAAUAGAGUACACUGAAGCACCGGUGACAAAAGGUGAGACCCUCACCUAGAGCUACGCCAUGCUGCUGCUGGGAAGUUGCUUCAUGGAACACAGCAUGGACUUUGGCUUCUGCCAUGUACAUUGGAGUUGAUGUGGCAUGUGGGAAGUCAUCCAGGGAAGCUCUUGGAACCAACAUUA